ACAGGGGAGAAACCAUAUGAAUGUAUGGAGUGUGGAAAGAGCUUUCGUAAUAAUGGAACCCUUAGAACACAUCAGUGGACUCACACAGGGGAGAAACCAUAUGAAUGUAUGGAGUGUGGAAAGAGCUUUCGUAAUAAUGGAACCCUUAGAACACAUCAACGGACUCACACAGGGGAAAAACCAUUUAAAUGCAUGGAGUGCGGAAGAAAAUUCAGUCAGAGUGGACAACUAAAUAUGCAUCAACUGACUCACACGGGUGAAAAACCUUUUAAAUGCAUGGAGUGCGGAAAGAGCUUUAGUGAUAAUGGAACCCUUAGAACACAUCAACGGACUCACACAGGGGAGAAACCAUAUAAAUGUAUGCAUUGUGGAAAGAGCUUCAGUAAUAGUGGAAACUUAAAUAUACAUCAACGGACUCACACAGGGGAGAAACCAUAUGAAUGUAUGGAGUGCGGAAAGAGCUUCAGUUUCAAAGGAAGCCUUAGAAUACAUCAACGGACUCACACAGGGGAGAAACCAUAUGAAUGUAUGGAGUGCGGAAAGAGCUUCAGUUGCAAUGGAAGCCUUAGAACACAUCAACGGACUCACACAGGGGAGAAACCAUGUAAAUGUAUGGAGUGCGGAAAGAGCUUCAGUUUCAAAGGAAGCCUUAGAAUACAUCAACGGACACACACGGGGGAGAAACCAUAUGAAUGUAUGGAGUGCGGAAAGAGCUUUCGUGAUAAUGGCAACCUUAGAAGACAUCAACGGACUCACACAGGGGAGAAACCAUGUAAACGUAUGGAGUGCGGAAAGAGCUUUUGUGAUAAUGGAACCCUUAGAACACAUCAACGGACUCACACAGGGGAAAAACCAUUUAAUUGCAUGGAGUGCGGAAGGAAAUUCAGUCAGAGUCGAAACCUCAGCGUGCAUCAACUGACUCACACAGGGGAGAAACCAUAUGAAUGAUUUGUUCUCAGGAGCUAAGUUUUGUGCCUCACUGUGGUCCCAGUCAUAACUGUAGCCUUUGAAAGCUCAGUAAACUAUUACUGAAGAAGUCCUGCUGCCUGUGUGUGUCUUUUUGACCUCAGUGUGGCACUUGCUCUACACGUGGCCCCUCCCCUGCUGCUACUUAGCUCAUGCCCUGGAGUUGCUGUACUCAAGCACACAAGAUGGUUUUUGCACCAAGCUCUGUCACCCUUACCACUACAUGAUCUCCAAACACUUCUUCUUCAACAGAACCUCAUCUUGAAAUACUGAAAUUCAAUGGGAGAUUUCCCCCCAAAGCCUAAGUUCAAGACGGGGAAUGUGGGGCUGCAGGUACCAGGGAAGUCUCCUGGUGGGCCCAUCUUCACUCAUGAACCCCAUGGGGCAACCUGCUUAUUCUGGAGUUUGAGAAGCAGUUUAAAUGAAAAGAUUGCAAAAAGUGCUUUAUUUACAAUGGAGUGUUUAAGGAACAUCCAGGGACUUUCCCAUGGAAGAACCCAUUUAGAUGUAUGGAGAGUGGGACGUUUUUCUUUCAGUGUCCACUCUUUCUUCACAGCAAUGAACUCAGCAGGAAAUCAGUCUUAAACACGCGAUGUGUAUUUGAAAUUCUUGUGUUUAUAUGUAAAACUGAACAGCAAUGAAAUAUUGAAGGCAAUGUCUAACAAUGUGAGUAUAAUCUAAGAGGUAAAGUACCUUUUGAUAGAGAGGAUGAAUCUGGUUUGCUGGUGGUGAGUGAGGAUUAGGGCUCGGCGAUAUAUUGAUAUCUGGUCCAAUACUGGUUUCUAGACCACAUCUCGAUAACCUUUGAAAAACAAUUGAUAUGUCAAUACACUGCGAAUCACAGUGUGUAUUUUGGGAUGUGCCUGCAAGCAGCGGCAAAAAGCUUUUCUUCGUGAAGCCCCUGCAGAUGCCGAGUUGCUGACGUCCCUCCAAAACGAGGGGAAACGAAAGACACACAUCCAUUGCCCUGUGUCGUUCCAGCCUCUUUCCACGCUUGCUCCGUUCUGCCGGUGUGUGUGCCUGACUUCGAUAUCCUGUGUGCUGUAUUUUUUUACUGCUGAAACUGGAUCUGCUCUCAGGAGCUAAGUUUUGUGCCUCACUGGGGACCCAGUGAGAACUGUAUGCUUUGAAAGCUCAGUAAAGUAUUACGGAAGAA